AUGUCGACCACCACAGCCCUCAAGCACCAAGCUUCUUCUCAGAGCCUCUCGAAUACCCUUGUCUCUCAAAUCCGAGUCCACCAAGGCGCCAUUGACCGCAGGACCAUCACCACAGUUCCACCCUCGCAGGCAAUGGACAAUAUGCGUGCCCUGCUCCUCCGCAUGGGCGUGCGUGUGCGUGACGAGAGCGCCUUCCGCCUGCGCUGCGUGCGUCCGGGAGCCGGUGCCCCCAACAGCGAUGCAAAGUGGGACGAGGCCUGGGACGAAGUUGAUGAGGAGGAAAAGGACGAGUUCAGUAGCAGCAGCAGUGGAUCCGAAUCCGAAUCGUCCGGGUCUGGCUCAGAUACCGAGACCGAAGCACACGCGGCGCGCGCCCCUAAACGCGCACCCAAGCGUAACGUCCAGGUCCAUCGGAUAUCGCAGACGCAGAUUCAAGAGCCGGAGUGUGCUCUGCAGCCGCUUCGUGUCAGCUCCUCGAGGAGCAAUUUGAGGCGCCUCAAGUCCAAGCAAUCGAUGUCGCUGCAAAAGUGCACGCUGUAUGGCCCAUCGCCUGCGUCCGACCCGUCGCACGAAGUCCGGUUUUCUGUGGAGCUCACACAACUUUCUGGACUGCCUGGGACAUACAGUCUCGAUAUACGGCGCCUGAAGGGCCAUCUCAGGAGCUACAAGUAUAUUUAUGACACACUACGCGAGUUGAGUCUUUCAUUCAUUUUUAAUUCUUAA